AUGAAGAGGAAAGGUUCCCGAAACACCAAUGUGGAUGUGUUAAGCGCGGAUAAAAGUAGUUCUCCUGUUGAAGAGGCCCAAGCGAAGACGGGACCAGAACUACCGUAUCACUUAGCACAGAUCCUACUCUUGGAGGUGAUAAUUACUCAUAAGUUCCGGCCGGGCAAGACAACUAAAGAAGAUAUUUCCCCUGCUCUUGACCAAGACAAAAACCUACAUCUAAGGCACCUUGGAAAGAUGAAAGGAUGGAUCGCGCGAUUUGAAAUUUCAUUUUUGAGCUCAGCAAGGGAUAAGGUAGAGGCUACGAACAAGGAAGCGAAGCAGGAUCUGAACAUGUACAUGUCAAUCCAUGAAUCGAUGCUUUCACCCCUAGCUACUUCAGCACCAGGAGCAGCAUUAGCAACAUUGGCUACAGGAAGGGCAGAUCCUUUAUACUUCUCUUUUGGGUAUUACCACAAGGGAUCGGACAAGAACAACUACAAGAACGGACAAAACACAGAAGACAGGCGCCCUAACCAGAUUCAAUCCGGAAUAGUUAGGAGCGAGCCCAAUCGAUGGGAGCAAAGGGGAAGCAGUGAGCUACCUAAAUGCUAUGGCUAUGCCACAGAAGACAAUAAUAAUAAUCGAACAGGAGGGAACGAUACAAACUUUUCGAAGCGAAGUGAGACUAAGAGAACGAAGUGA